AUUAUUCAGUGAAUCGACCUAAUUUUCUGGUUCAUUCGUUCCUCCAAGAAAUGGAGGAAUUUCACUUAAAAGAUUCGUUCGAAUUGAUUCGUUCAGGACUCAGGACUUGAUUUGAAUUACAGCAGAGGACAUCUUAUUGAACUUAGAACAAAGACCUGUUCUUGAAGAAUAGAAGAUUAUAGUCCAUUAAACCAAAAGUACAGAUACAUUUAUUAAACUGUAGAUUAUUAUUCUGAGGCUUGUGGAGGCCUGAGUAGCCUAAAGAAGUGUCAGGGUUCCUCUUCACGAUGGUGAAGAUGACGUGUUCAUUUUUUUUAAUGGCUUUGGAACGUUUGCUUUAUUAAUUCAGUGUUUUCCUAAAAGAAGGAAAUCUGGAGCUUUGGUGUCAGAAUUGAGUCAGAUCAAUUGCUUGAAAAUAUUAAAUGCAUUACUCAGAGCGAUUUAUAUUUGAUUUCCAUUACUGCUUUUGGAACUCUUUGGCUAUUUGUUUCUGUUGUCACAUCCAAAUGUGGAAAAAAGAAGCGAGAUGUCCGCACACUGAAUUUACAGCUCCAAACUAUUUUUUUUUUACGGAAAGCGCAACGUUUCCACCAUCAGGUCAAUUCAGUGUGCGGACAUCACGGUUCUUUUUUCCAUAUUGUUAUUUCUGUUGUCCUGCACCUGAGCGUAAAUUAGGGUGCGUUGGAUGUCCUUUUUUUUUUUUUGUAUAUUUUUGUCACACCCAAAUAUAACAUUGUUUAUGUACAAGUAAGGAAAUUGACUGAAGUAGCUUAUUCUUUCAAUGUGUUUAGGAUAUUAAUUUUUAGAUAGCCAUACAUAGCUGGAUAUACACAAUAUAGCCAAAGUUUGUGGACAGCUGACCAUCACACCCAUGUGCGAGCCUUCUCCAAACUGUUGCUCCAAAUUAGAAGCACACAACUGUAUAGGAUGUCUUUGUAUGCUGUAGCAAUUUCCCUUAUCUGGAACUAAAGCCCUAUUCGGACAGGAUUAGUUUUCAGGACAUAAAGUUAUUGUUACUACGGAUUUGCAUGGGAUAAGCGAUUUCUGUAGAAAUUGCUGAGAUGGGCAUGUCUUCAUCGUUUAUAUGCUGAUGACCCAUCACAGCAGCCCUGUGCGUCAUACGCAACAUGGUGCUGCACCUCAGUGUUUAAACAUAACACAGACUAAGCAAAAGAAAAGCCGCAACUGGAUGAGAGCUGAAACUUUAUGUUUAGUUUCAGUUUGGGGAGAAUGAUGUUAUGAAACGCUGUUUGAACAAAUGGUACAUAAUCACUCCAUUUGGGAGGAGAUUUUUCAAACCUUCCUAGAAGAGUGGCGAUCACUAUGUGAAGGGGAGAACAAAUCUUUGACAAUAGUGUAUUUAAACAUCCAUUUUCCAUGCCGCUUAUCCUACACAGGGUCGCGUGGGAGCCUGGAGCCUGUCCCAGGAAACUCGGGGCACGAGGCGGGGAACACCCUGGACAAAGGGCCAGUCAAUCGAACGGCAUAAUCUCACACACAUUCACACACUACAGACAAUUUGGUAAUGCCAGUCAGCCUACAACGCAUGUCUGUAGACUGCGGAGAACCUGGAGGAAACCCCUGAAGCAAGGGAAGAACAUGCAAACUCAGGGCGGAGGUGGGAUUUGAACCCCCAACAGAGGUGUGAGGCAUAUGUGCUGUAUAUCCAUCCAUCCAUCUUCUAUACCGCUUUAUCCUUUUCAGGGUCACGGGGAAACCUGUGAUUGGCAUGUCUACAGUGUCCAUAAUGCAUGAAUGGGUGCAUGAAUGGGUGCAUGAAUGGGUGUGUGACUAUGCCCUGAUAUAGAUUGGCAUUGUAUCACUAUUUGCUCCCUGGCAUAGGCUUCAGGUUUCCCAUGACCCUGUAGGAUAAGCGGGAUAGAAAAUUAAUGGAAGCUAUUUGACUACUGAUUACUACAUUUGUUUCUUUGUUAUCGUGUAAAUCUUAACGCAAUAAAAUGACUCACGUGAUUUAAAAACAGGCGGACGCGAUGACUGCCUAAAUAGCCCUAUGUGCUAUGGACUGCGCAUGCGCGACAGCGCACUCUCCCGUAUCGCUCGGUUUGUUUUUGUAUCGGCCGCCCGCCGGUUUCCACUGAACCUGACAGCCAGCAAAGGGUCAACAGGACAUAUAUUUUACUCCUUAUUUUAUUAUUUGUUAAAUCAGUUAUAUAUAUAUCACAUUUCUAGAAUGCAUCCUGUAUCCGUGUUUAUCCCUUCUUUUCGUUCAGAGGACAGCGGUUCUGAAAAAGGCUACACGGUUUUUAAGAUCGAGGUGUUAACGAGCGGGCGGCAGCACACCGUGGAGAAGCGCUACAGUGAGUUUCAUGCUCUGCACAAAAUGCUAAAGAAGAUCAUUAAACCUCCGGAGCUUCCAUCAAAACAUGUGAGGAACUGGAUCCCUAAAGUUCUGGAGCAGAGAAGACACGGUCUUGAGCUUUACCUUCAGACUAUAAUCAUGGAAAACGAGGUCCUUCCUAAAAUAUUCCUGGAUUUCCUCAACAUCCGCCACCUCCCGUCCCUGCCAAAGGCCGAGAGUUGUGGAUCGUUUGAAACUGAAUCCGAGGACUCAUGUAAACUGACACAUCAGCCGGCCCUGCUGUUCCUGAGGGACCCCUAUCUACUUCCUGCCUCUAACGACACGUUUUCGAACGUCAUCACUGAAGGCGUGAUUCAUGGAAUAUUCUACCCAGACCUGCAGCCGAGGUAGACCAGCGCUCUCUCCGGCCAAAAUAUAACACCUCAGUUUCACGGACAAAGAGGCAUUUAUACUCUAAUCAUUUACACAGACACUACAAGAACCUAGUCACAAAGUCCACACUCUUUGUUUUGUUUUGGGGUUUUUUUUCUUGCAUGAAUAAGGCCCAACAUUGUGAAUUUAUUGCACAUCAGCAACUUUUUAAAUGUUGACAGUCUUCUUGUUCCAUCCAAGAGAAAAACAAGCUGACGUAAUUGUGCUACAUUUGUGCUGUGAAAAAUCUUACUAUAUCAGAGAGUAGAGCUGGGUGAUAAGAAGAAGAAGAAAAAAAAAGAAGAAUAUUUUUGUGAUUAAAGCUAUUCAAUGAAACUAUUGAUAUUUUUCAUAAAAUAUAUUAAAGGUGCAGUUUGUAAUGUUUAAAAGUGUUUCCAGACCUGUAAUAACCACAUGGUCUCAGAUAUAGGUGUAUCGAAAUAUUGAUCAUUGGGGAAAUUUGGCAUGCAGUGGAUCUAGCUAUUUUCUUUAUUUUAGAUUUCCGUUAACAUUUCUUCUGGUGCAGAACUUAGCUCCGCCCACUGUGCCUUUUCCUUAAACGGUAACUUGCAAGACAAGCGUACUUGCAGCAGAAAGACUGGUGGUUGGACGACAUUGGGGGGGGGGACGAUCGGCAGCAUGUUCGUUGUGAGUGUAGUUCACCUUACCGACAAUAGAGGGUGCUAAAUAUUGCAAACUGCUCCUUUAAAUAGCCAGAAAAUAUGUAGAUGUAGGUUAAACAGAGGCAUUUUGAAUUGAAUCAGUUUCAGUUGAUUUUAUAUGAAUUGCACUAGACUCAUGAUGCAGGAAGCCCCACCUUUUUUUUUUUGUUAUUUUUGAACCAGGCAUUCUGAAAUUAGCUGCUAGCAAUGUGUGAAAGAUUAUAUCUGAGCUCCAAGAGUUAAUUUGACCAAAUGACAAUAUUGAAUUAUCAUAGAUAUAUUAAAAAAAAAAAAAAAAAGAUUUAUUGGUAUUGAUUAUCACCCAGCUCUGUCAGACCUUUUUUUUUUUUUAAAAAAAAAAAAUUAAAUAAAUAAAAAGUGCUUCAUUCACAGAUCGUUAAUAUAGCCUAACUAUUACGACUCAUGACCCGUACCUGUUCAAUAGAGAGGGAUGUACUGACCUUAGAGAGGGGAAAUAUUUCCACUUUGGACCAAACAUACUUUUCACAACUGCGGAGUAUUCACUGAGCCUUUAUACUAAACAUUCUUUCAUUGACAAUGUUGGAUAACUUACCUUAACUGUAGUCGUACCAAUCAUGGCAUUUAUGAAGAAGGGAAACUAAUCACAAACUCUUGAGAUUCUCCAAUUAAUUACUGCAGCUGCUAGAAACUGUGAAAGAGAAGUUUAUCCGAGUGUAUAGUUUACGGGUCUCAGUGUCCAGUACAUGAGGUGGAAAUGGGGGUUGGUUUUAAGUGAGACUCGGCGAAACAGGAUUCACUUCCUUCUUCGUUCACUUGAGGUGAUUCUAAAAGAAUAGCUUAAAAAAAAAAAAUAAAAAUCAUCACUUACCCUAAAUGUAGCCAGUCAGCCAAGAUAUGUUUGGUGUCAGUUGUUAGCUUCUUGGCGCUAUGAAGCUAACAUAGUUGGUCUAUUGCUGCAUUUGACUCGACGUCAUUUUCGCGACUUCCGUGCACAAAGGGGAGGGCAGGGGGUGGAGGUGUAGGGACGUCUCCACGUUCGUCCGUUCUUUGCAACAAUCUAGAAUUGUGUUGCGUGUUGUGUAUUCUCCUCCUCAAAGAGCGUACUGUAUAGUCAAUAUUAUAGAUUUAACAAGUGAAUGUCUGUAUGGUGAUUGAUCUAAAGCAAUGGUCACCAAUCCUGUUCCUGGAGAUCUACCUUCCUGAAGACUUUAGCUCCAGCCAUAAUUGUGCCCACCUGACCAUCUUAAGAAGGUCUUGAUCAACUAAUUGUGGUUGGAGAUGAAACCUGCAGAAGGUAGAUCUCAAGGAGGAGGCUUGGUGACCACUGAUCUAAAGCAAAUACAUGCGUAUAUACAUGCAGAAGUUAUUUAAAGAUUAAAAAGUGCUACUUUAUUGACGUUUGCUUUACUUUCAUGCCGUGAGAAGCCAUGUUGGUUUGACUUCACACUGUAAACCGGAAAGGAACUCGUACUUGAGAAGACCACCUCAAGUUGACUAGUAGGAAUUUCAAUUUGAGGGGAUAUUUUUUCUUGGACGCUUUUCCUGGUUGGAGGUUUACGUUUACAUUUGGCAGCUCCCUUAUCCAGAUCAACGUCCAUUUAUCUCAUUUAUACAACCGAGCAGUUGAGGGCCUUGUUCAAGGGCCCAGCAGUGGCAGGUAGGCAGUGAACUAGCAUUUAAACUCACGACUUUCUGAUCAGGAGUCCGCUUUCUUAACCUCUGAGCUACCACUUCGAGUCAAACGCAACAUAUAAAGAUGAGCAACGAUUCCCCAUGUAUCUGAACACUGGAAUGUUAUACUGGCAGCCAUAUUGGCCAGCUGGAAUCGUUUCUAAUAAAUAUAGACUAAUACUGCGAUUUAAGUCAUGACAAGUCUAUGAAGAUUUGGCUAGAGAAGCAAAAACCAUCUUGGCUGAUUGACCACAUUUAAAGGAACUUUAAAAAAUAAAAAAAAAUAAUUACAAUUGGUUUUCUUGUUAAAUCGUUCCUUUAGAUGUAAUUAUGCCAAAUAUCAGGCAUCGACUCAUGUUCAAAACUGCUCUAAAUAGUGUGUAGGGGUGGGUGAUAUGACAAGGGUGUCAUAUUGUGAUACUCUUACACAUCAUGUAGUGUGCAUCAUAAUACUUGCCUUUGCUAACAAAGCACGCCAAACAAAACAGUAGAGCUACUGUAUACGUUUCUAUGAAAAUACGUAACCAAGAUCAUGAUGAUGAAGGAAGUGAUCGGUUAAAAAGGUGGAUUUUAACGUCCAGACGGCCCAACGGAGUCGGUCAGUUCUAGACGAGACCCAGGACGAUACCCUGAGCAAAGUAUCAUGUACUCGCAGGCUGUUCUAUUGUCUUAUACCACAGCGCUGUUGAAUUCUCAAUUCUGAUUGGUCAGAAGGUGUUAAAGGAAAUUAUUUAACACCAGAUACUAGCGCAGCUGCAAAUCACGGGUUUAUAUUAACGUGUGCAUUCCGAUAUGUCCUCGUUUCCAUAGUAACGGCUAAUCCACAGGGAGUCGCACGGCAGACGCUCCACACGAACGGAUCUUAAAAAAUGUGUGCAAGUGUUUAUAUGGUGAAUUUUUUCUUUUCUUUUUUUUUUUCUAUGAGAUGUUUACCAUUUUAUGGAAGGCGUCUCCAGUGGGAGCACUUUGUAACAGUCAGUAAGGUUUCCGAUACAGGAAAGUCUUCAAGACAGAGGACUUGUCGUUGUUUUGUUUUGUUUUGUUUUGUUUGUUUUCGUAUCAA